AUGGCACCAUCUGGCACCCGGCCCAAGUAUUACCUGUUUCCCACGGUGCCCCAACGUUUCCCACGCUGCCCCAACGUUCCCCACGGUGCCCCAACGUUCCCCACGGUGCCCCAACGUUCCCCACGGUGCCCCAACGUUCCCCACGCUGCCCCAACGUUCCCCACGGUGCCCCAACGUUCCCCACGGUGCCCCAACGUUCCCCACGGUGCCCCAACGUUCUCCACGCUGCCCCAACGUUCCCCACGCUGCCCCAACGUUCCCCACGCUGCCCCAACGUUCCCCACGCUGCCCCAACGUUCCCCACGCUGCCCCAACGUUCCCCACACUGCCACAACGUUCUCCACGCUGCCCCAACGUUCCCCACGGUGCCACAACGUUCCCCACGCUGCCACAACGUUCUCCACGCUGCCACAACGUUCCCCACGCUGCCUCAACGUUCCCCACGCUGCCCCAACGUUCUCCACGCUGCCCCAACGUUCUCCACGGUGCCCCAACGUUCCCCACGCUGCCCCAACGUUCUCCACGCUGCCCCAACGUUCCCCACGCUGCCCCAACGUUCUCCACGCUGCCUCAACGUUCUCCGCGCUGCCCCCAAUGUUCUCCACGCUGCCCCAACGUUCCCCACGGUGCCCCAACGUUCCCCACGGUGCCCCAACGUUCCCCACGGUGCCCCAACGUUCUCCACGCUGCCCCAACGUUCCCCACGCUGCCACAACGUUCCCCACGCUGCCCCAACGUUCUCCACGCUGCCACAACGUUCCCCCACGCUGCCUCAACGUUCUCCACGCUGCCUCAACGUUCCCCACGCUGCCCCAACGUUCCCCACGCUGCCUCAACGUUCCCCACGCUGCCUCAACGUUCCCCACGCUGCCUCAACGUUCCCCACGCUGCCUCAACGUUCCCCACGCUGCCUCAACGUUCCCCACGCUGCCUCAACGUUCCCCACGCUGCCCCAACGUUCCCCACGCUGCCUCAACGUUCCCCACGCUGCCUCAACGUUCCCCACGCUGCCUCAACGUUCCCCACGCUGCCCCAACGUUCCCCACGCUGCCUCAACGUUCCCCACGCUGCCUCAACGUUCCCCACGCUGCCUCAACGUUCCCCACGCUGCCCCAACGUUCCCCACGCUGCCUCAACGUUCCCCACGCUGCCUCAACGUUCCCCACGCUGCCUCAACGUUCCCCACGCUGCCUCAACGUUCCCCACGCUGCCCCAACGUUCCCCACGCUGCCUCAACGUUCCCCACGCUGCCUCAACGUUCCCCACGCUGCCUCAACGUUCCCCACGCUGCCCCAACGUUCCCCACGCUGCCUCAACGUUCCCCACGCUGCCUCAACGUUCCCCACGCUGCCUCAACGUUCCCCACGCUGCCUCAACGUUCCCCACGCUGCCCCAACGUUCCCCACGCUGCCCCCAACGUUCCCCACGCUGCCUCAACGUUCCCCACGCUGCCCCAACGUUCUCCACGCUGCCACAACGUUCCCCACGCUGCCCCCAACGUUCCCCACGCUGCCUCAACGUUCCCCACGCUGCCCCAACGUUCUCCACGCUGCCACAACGUUCCCCACGCUGCCCCAACGUUCUCCACGCUGCCCCAACGUUCCCCACGCUGCCCCAACGUUCUCCACGCUGCCCCAACGUUCCCCACGCUGCCCCCAACGUUCCCCACGGUGCCCCAACGUUCCCCACGGUGCCCCAACGUUCUCCACGCUGCCCCCAACGUUCCCCACGGUGCCCCUACGUUCACCACGCUGCCCCAACGUUCUCCACGCUGCCCCAACGUUCUCCACGCUGCCCCAACGUUCCCCACGCUGCCCCCAACGUUCCCCACGGUGCCCCAACGUUCCCCACGCUGCCCCAACGUUCCCCACGCUGCCCCAACGUUCCCCACGGUGUCCCAACGUUCUCCACGCUGCCCCAACGUUUUCAACAUCAAUACGCAUUAUUGCCAAGGGCUCAGCACCGUUCCUGCAGGCUGCUCAUGCAACGUUCCCUCAGCACCGUUCCUGCAGGCUGCUCAUGCAACACUUCCUCAGCACCGUUCCUGCAGGCUGCUCAGGCAACGUUCCCUCAGCACCGUUCCUGCAGGCUGCUCAGGCAACAUUCCCUCAGCACUGUUCCUGCAGGCUGCUCAUGCAACACUUCCUCAGCACCGUUCCUGCAGGCUGCUCAUGCAACACUUCCUCAGCACCGUUCCUGCAGGCUGCUCAGGCAACACUUCCUCAGCACCGUUCCUGCAGGCUGCUCAGGCAACAUUUCCUCAGCACCGUUCCUGCAGGCUGCUCAGGCAACAUUUCCUCAGCACCGUUCCUGCAGGCUGCUCAGGCAACACUUCCUCAGCACCGUUCCUGCAGGCUGCUCAGGCAACGUUCCCUCAGCACCGUUCCUGCAGGCUGCUCAGGCAACAUUCCCUCAGCACCGUUCCUGCAGGCUGCUCAGGCAACACUUCCUCAGCACCGUUCCUGCAGGCUGCUCAGGCAACAUUCCCUCAGCACCGUUCCUGCAGGCUGCUCAGGCAACGUUCCCUCAGCACCGUUCCUGCAGGCUGCUCAGGCAACAUUUCCUCAGCACCGUUCCUGCAGGCUGCUCAGGCAACAUUUCCUCAGCACCGUUCCUGCAGGCUGCUCAGGCAACGUUCCCUCAGCACCGUUCCUGCAGGCUGCUCAGGCAACAUUCCCUCAGCACCGUUCCUGCAGGCUGCUCAGGCAACAUUUCCUCAGCACCGUUCCUGCAGGCUGCUCAGGCAACAUUCCCUCAGCACCGUUCCUGCAGGCUGCUCAGGCAACGUUCCCUCAGCACCGUUCCUGCAGGCUGCUCAGGCAACAUUUCCUCAGCACCGUUCCUGCAGGCUGCUCAGGCAACAUUUCCUCAGCACCGUUCCUGCAGGCUGCUCAGGCAACGUUCCCUCAGCACCGUUCCUGCAGGCUGCUCAGGCAACAUUUCCUCAGCACCGUUCCUGCAGGCUGCUCAGGCAACAUUUCCUCAGCACCGUUCCUGCAGGCUGCUCAGGCAACAUUCCCUCAGCACCGUUCCUGCAGGCUGCUCAGGCAACAUUCCCUCAGCACCGUUCCUGCAGGCUGCUCAGGCAACACUUCCUCAGCACCGUUCCUGCAGGCUGCUCAGGCAACACUUCCUCAGCACCGUUCCUGCAGGCUGCUCAGGCAACGUUCCCUCAGCACCGUUCCUGCAGGCUGCUCAGGCAACGUUCCCUCAGCACCGUUCCUGCAGGCUGCUCAGGCAACGUUCCCUCAGCACCGUUCCUGCAGGCUGCUCAUGCAACGUUCCCUCAGCACCGUUCCUGCAGGCUGCUCAUGCAACACUUCCUCAGCACCGUUCCUGCAGGCUGCUCAGGCAACAUUCCCUCAGCACCGUUCCUGCAGGCUGCUCAGGCAACAUUCCCUCAGCACCGUUCCUGCAGGCUGCUCAGGCAACGUUCCCUCAGCACCGUUCCUGCAGGCUGCUCAGGCAACGUUCCCUCAGCACCGUUCCUGCAGGCUGCUCAGGCAACGUUCCCUCAGCACCGUUCCUGCAGGCUGCUCAGGCAACAUUUCGUCAGCACCGUUCCUGCAGGCUGCUCAGGCAACGUUCCCUCAGCACCGUUCCUGCAGGCUGCUCAGGCAACGUUCCCUCAGCACCGUUCCUGCAGGCUGCUCAGGCAACAUUUCGUCAGCACCGUUCCUGCAGGCUGCUCAGGCAACGUUCCCUCAGCACCGUUCCUGCAGGCUGCUCAGGCAACAUUUCCUCAGCACCGUUCCUGCAGGCUGCUCAGGCAACAUUUCCUCAGCACCGUUCCUGCAGGCUGCUCAGGCAACGUUCCCUCAGCAGCUGGUCUAG